GGCAAACGCACCAAAAUUGAACUUUGGAAGCAGCACUGCAACCCCAGCUACUGGCACCACGGGGGGCUUUGGAUUUGGUAGCUCAGUACCAACCAGCGCGCCCUCGAGUCAAGCAGCAGCCGCCCCUUCUGGCUUUGUGUUUGGAUCUGCUGGCACCACCACUACCACCAGCACCACCACCGCUCAGUCUGGGACAACUGGAGGGUUUACUUUUUCCAGUGGUAGCACAACUCAGGCCGGAACAGCCAGCUUUGGCAUCGACACUGCAGCUCCGCAAGCAGCACCCACGGGGUUGACCUUUGGAACAGCCCCUGCAGCUGCUGCCACCACUGCUGCCACCGUGGGAGCUGCAACCCAGUCAACAGCCCCCUUCAGCCUCGGGAGCCAGUCGGCAGGUCUAAACUUUGGGUCACUGCCUUCAACAGCAGCUACUUGUGCCCCCACGGCAACCCUGACUGCUGCUACCAGCCAGGGACCCGCUCUGUCCUUUGGAACCAAACUUGGAGUAACAUCCACAGCUGCCACAACUGCAUCUACCACCACAGCCUCUGUUCUUGGUUCAACGGGGCCUACGUUGUUUGCAUCUGUAGUGAGCUCUUCAGCACCCACGUCGACCACCACCACGGGCCUCUCCCUUGGUGCCCCUUCCACUGGGACAGUCAGUCUUGGAACGCUUGGGUUUGGAUUAAAAGUUCCUGGAACAACAGCUGCUGCAACAAGCACUACCACUGGCACUACUUCUGCUUCUGGCUUUGCUUUGAAUCUGAAGCCAUUAACUACGACUGGUGCUAUUGGAGCUGGGACUUCCACAACUGCCAUAACCACAACAACCCCCAGUGCGCCUCCAGUGAUGACUUAUGCCCAGUUGGAAAGUUUGAUAAACAAGUGGAGUCUGGAACUGGAAGACCAAGAGAAACACUUUCUCCAUCAAGCUACGCAAGUGAAUGCCUGGGAUCAGACACUGAUAGAGAAUGGGGAGAAG